CACCACGUCUCUAUGCACAAUAUGCGAUAGUUGCCGCCGCAAACUUUCGCAGUGCGCGACCAAAACUUACGAGAAUUGGCAUGCGCUUUGGCCCCGCCGAUUGGACUCAACCCUCAGACUGGGAAAUUGGCGUCAUUGGGGAUAUGUGUGGCUUUCGUCUCGUCGCAUUGGACCCUGCGCAGUCGAUGUGCAAACGGGAUGUGUUGCUAGGGAUUCUUUUUUUCUUCUUCCCGUGUAACGUUCUUGCGAUUGCUUCCGAAGCCCUGUAUCUGGAGUGCGCCGCUGGUCGUACCGAUAAAAUGCAUUCCAGCCACGAUUGCUAUGUACCUGGACUACUCGAUUUUUCGCCAGGAAGCACCAUGUGCUACUGUCCAUCUCCCGCUCUUCGGUUUCCCUUAGGCAUCACCCAGCAGCAUCUUCCUGGAGGGGUGUUCUGCUUCGCAGGACCGAGCGUUUCAGGUCACCAGCAACCGAAAAGAGUAUGCAUGUGUACGCGACGACAGCGGGAGGCUCAGGGGAAAACUCGCGUGCUCGCGUGGCCUGGGAUGUAGCGCGACGCCUUCAACUUCUCAGUCUUCGUGACCUCAUUGGUGCGCUGCGCGG